AUGGCAUAUCUCCAAUCGCCGCUGCGCUCGCUGUGUAGCCUUCUUUUCUUCCUUGCCUGUGCAGAGGCGCUGAAAUUCGACAUCGAGGCCAAGAGUGCAGGGGAUAGGAGUCGUGAGCGAUGCAUACGGAAUUUCGUUGCGAAGGAUACGCUGGUCGUUGUGACGGCUACUGUGGAUGGGUAUAAGGGCGAUGGCAUGAAGGUGGAUAUGCAUAUCAAAGAUGCUGUUGGAAACGAGUAUGGGCGACCAAAGGAUGUAGUGGGAGAGCAGAGAAUGGCUUUCACUUCCCACGCAGAUGCCUCAUUUGACGUCUGCUUCCAGAACCACUUCACUGGCUCCAAAGGAGUUUCACAACCCUACCGCCACGUAGAACUCGACAUCGACAUCGGCGCAGACGCCAAAGAUUGGUCCGCCGUCCAAGCCACCGAGAAGCUCAAGCCCGUCGAGACGGAAUUACGGCGCAUUGAGGAAAUGGUGCAGGAGAUUGUCGCUGAGAUGGACUACCUGCGGAGCCGAGAGCAGAAGCUCAGGGACACCAAUGAGAGCACGAAUAACCGGGUCAAGUGGUUUGCUUUUGGGACUAUGGGAAUGUUGGUCGCGUUGGGAGCGUGGCAGGUUGUUUAUUUGAGGGCGUAUUUCAGGUCAAAGCAUCUCAUAUAG